CAUGUCAACGGAGAUGGUGGCGUGCGUUGCAACGGAGGCUUUAUCCUCUUCCCCCUCCCCCCUUUCCCCUUUUCCUCUCCCCCUUUCGCCCUCCUUCCCCCCCUCCCCCCCCCCACCAGCAUGUCAACGGAGAUGGUGGCGUGCAUAGCAGCGGAGGCCCUCUCAAUAUUGGAGAAGGUGCACGAGCGAGGCUACGUGCAUGGAGACGUGAAGCCGGAGAACUUUCUUCUCGGGCAGCCCGGGACUUCCGAGGAAAAGAAGCUGUACCUGGUUGACCUGGGUUUAGCAACGAGGUGGAGGGACAGCAACACGGGGCAGCACGUGGAGUAUGACCAACGACCAGACAUCUUCAGGGGCACGGUGCGCUAUGCAGGCGUCCACGCACACCUGGGGCGCACGGGCAGUCGCAGGGAUGACUUAGAGUCACUGGCAUACACACUCGUCUUCCUGCUGCGAGGAAGACUGCCCUGGCAGGGCUACCAGGGCGACAACAAGGGUUUCUUAGUGUGCAAGAAGAAGAUGAGCACGUCGCCCGAGAUGCUCUGCUGCUUCUGUCCGCCGCCCUUCAAGCUCUUCCUCGAGUACGUCGUCAGCCUCAAGUUCGAUGAGCGCCCCGACUACGCCAAGUGCGCCGCCAUGUUCGACCCCAUCCUCUCCCCCAACCCAGCACUACUGCCUCUCAACACAGAGGGAGCACGCUCUCUCAAGGUGCAGGUGGGGCAGAAGAGGGGGCGGGGCGAGGGGGGCGAGGAGGAGGCGGAGGAGGAUCAGCUGAGGAAGAAGAUCCGCCUCGGCAUGCCGGCCACCCAGUGGAUCUCUGUUUACAGCGCCAGACGGCCUAUGAAGCAGAGGUACCACUACAAUGUAGCGGACUCGCGCCUGGCACAGCACGUGGAGAAGGGCAACGAGGACGGGCUGCACAUCAGCAGCGUGGCGUCGUGUCAGAACCUCUGGGCGCUCAUCAUGGACGCGGGCACCAACUUCACAGCGCAGGUCUACGACCUCUCGCACGUGUUCCUGCCCAAGGAGUGGAUCAUGGAGCAGUGGGAGAGGAACUUCUACAUCACAGCAGUGGCGGGCGCCAGCAACGGCAACUCCCUCGUUGUCAUGUCCAAAGGCACACCGUAUACACAGCAGUCAUACAAGGUCAGCGACAGCUUCCCAUUCAAGUGGAUCAACAAGAAGUGGCGAGAGGGCUUCUACGUGACGUCCAUGGCCACUGCUGGCAGCCGCUGGGGGGUGGUUAUGUCCCGCAAUGCCGGCUUCACUGACCAGGUGGUGGAGCUGGACUUUCUGUAUCCCAGCGAGGGCAUUCACAGGCGGUGGGACAUGGGGUAUCGCAUCACAGCCACCGCUGCCACGUGGGACCAGGCUGCCUUCCUUCUCAGUGUGCCGCGCAGACGACCCGCGGAUGAGACCCAGGAGACUCUGAGAACAUCGGCUUUCCCCAGUACCCAUGUAAAGGUGAGAGAGUGA